AUGGGGCCCGCAACACAGUGUCCCGUCUUCCUGUUGCUCUCCGUACUCCUGGCUGAAACCCAGAGCCUCGCUGGUUCACACUCCAUGCGGUAUUUGGUAACCACGACCGCAUCUAGACCGGGUCUCCAAGAUUCCCAUGUCUUCAUCCUUGGCUAUGUGGACGACAUGCAGUUCAUGCGCUUCGACAGCGAUGCAGCUACUCAGAGGAUCCAGGCGCGCGGGCCUUGGGUGAAGCAGAUGGGACCCAAGUAUUUGGAGAUGGAAAAAGAGUAUGCGGAGAGAUAUUCACGCAGGGCCCGAGAAAACCUCCGGUUUGCAAUUCAGGUCUAUAACCAGAGUGAUAGCGUCUCUCAUACCUUCCAGUGUUUUAUUGGCUGCGACAUGGGGCCAGACCGCCGCCUCCUCCGUGCGCACUAUAGACAUGCCUUCGAUGGCAACGAUUAUAUCAGCCUGAACGCGGACCUGAGAACGUGGACUGUGGCAGACAAGACAGCUGAGAUCACCCAGCGACAGUGGGAGAAAGAUCGUAUAGCAGAGGCCUUCUGGCACUUCUUGAAUUCCUCCUGCGCUGAAUGGCUACAGGAGCACCUGAAAAUAGGGAAGGAGAUUCUACAGCGCUCAGGUGACGUCACCCUGAGGUGCUGGGCCCUGGGCUUCUACCCUGCUGACAUCACCCUGACCUGGCAGCUGAAUGGGGAGGAACUGACCCAGGACAUGGAGCUUGUGGAGACCAGGCCUGGAGGGGAUGGAAACUUCCAGAAGUGGGCAGCUGUGCUGGUGCCUUCUGGGAUGGAGCAGGAUUACACAUGCCAUGUGGUGCAUGAGGGUCUGCGUGAGCCCCUCACCCUGAGAUGGGAGCCACCUUCUCGGCCCAUGGUUGGAGUAACUAUUGGUAUAGUUUUCCUUGGAGUUGUCAUCAUUGGAGCUGUGACUGCCAUUGUGAUGAUGAGGAAGAAAAGUGCAGGGUCUCACACUGCGCCCCCUGCCGGCCGGGAGCUCGCUGUGCAGCUGCAAUGGCCUGGAACUCACGGCGCCGCCUGCCGGCCGGGAACGCACUGUGCAGCUGUGAUGGCCUGGAACUCACUGCGCCCCCUGGUGGCCGGGAGCUCGCUGUGCAGCUGUGAUGGCUGA